GCGCCCCCCGCCCAGGCCAGGCCCCGGGCCCGCCUCCGCAGAGAGGUCCCAGCCGGCACCCACUCCGCCGCCGCCCGCCGCCGCCUCCGUCCGCACCUCCAGCCCCACCAUUCAGCGCGCAAGAUACCCACCAGAUAUGCCCUGUGUGCAAGCGCAGUAUAGCCCUUCACCGCCCGGCUCGAAUUAUGCAUCCCAGACCUACGCGUACGGCUCGGAGUACAGCUCAGACAUCAUGAACCCUGACUAUGCCAAGCUGACCAUGGACCUGAGCAGUACCGAAAUCACUGCCACUGCCACCACCUCCCUUCCCAGCUUCAGCACCUUUAUGGAGGGUUACUCUGGCAGCUAUGAGCUCAAGCCUUCCUGCCUCUACCAAAUGCAAACUGCCUCCUCUGGCCAGAGGCCCCUCAUAAAGAUGGAAGACACCCGGCUGUCCCCAUACCAGCCCUCGCUGCCCCCAUCUACAGAUGAGGGCAUGCCCAGCACCUCCAUGUACUUCAAGCAAUCUCCACCCUCCACGCCCACCACACCGGGCUUCCCUGCUCACCAGGGCCUGUGGGACGAGCCCCCGCUGCAGCCCACGCAGACCUGCCUGCCUCCCGCGCACCUGAUGGACGCCACCCCCAUGAAGACCGUGCCUCCGCGCUUCCCUCUCUUCCACUUCAAGCACUCGCCUCCGCACACGCCGUCCGCGGCCGCCCACAUGUGCUACGACCCUGCCCCGCUGAGCCUGCCCCUGGGCUCCGACAGGCCAGCCGCCAGCCAGGCUCCCAUGGAGGGCCAUUCCUACGGGCUUCACCUGGCCAAGAGACCAGCCACCUUAGCCUUCUCACCACUGGGCCUCAACGCGGCCGCCUCCGGCCUGCUGGGCGAGAGCAGCGGGAGCGGCAGCAGCGGCCUCCCGUCCCCGCCCAGCAGGAGCUCUUCGUCUGGGGAAGGCACCUGCGCCGUCUGUGGAGAUAAUGCCGCCUGCCAGCACUACGGGGUGCGGACAUGUGAGGGCUGCAAGGGCUUCUUCAAGAGAACAGUUCAGAAAAAUGCAAAAUAUGUUUGUCUGGCAAAUAAAAACUGCCCAGUGGACAAGAGACGUCGUAACAGAUGCCAAUACUGCCGGUUCCAGAAGUGUCUCAGUGUCGGCAUGGUUAAAGAAGUUGUCCGUACCGACAGCCUGAAAGGGAGAAGAGGUCGGCUGCCUUCCAAACCAAAGAGCCCCUUACAGCAAGAACCCUCUCAGCCCUCCCCGCCCUCUCCUCCCAUCAGCAUGAUGAAUGCCCUCGUUCGAGCUUUAACCGACUCCACGCCCAGGGAGCUGGAUUAUUCAAGAUACUGUUCCACUGAUCAGGCUGCUGCAGGCACAGAUGCAGAACAUGUACAACAGUUCUAUAAUCUUCUGACUGCCUCCAUUGACAUAACUAGAGGCUGGGCAGAAAAAAUCCCAGGAUUUACUGACCUCCCAAAAGAAGAUCAGACAUUACUCAUAGAAUCAGCUUUUUUGGAGCUGUUUGUACUAAGACUCUCCAUCAGGUCUGAUACUGCUGAGGAUAAGUUUGUAUUCUGCAAUGGACUCGUGCUUCAUAGACUUCAGUGCCUUCGUGGAUUUGGGGAGUGGCUCGACUCUAUUAAAGACUUUUCCUUAAACUUAAAGAGCCUUAACCUUGAUAUCCCAGCCUUAGCAAGUCUAUCAGCUCUAACUAUGAUUACAGAACGACAUGGAUUAAAAGAACCAAAGAAAGUGGAAGAGCUAUGCAACAAGAUCACAAGCAGUUUGAAAGAUCACUUAACUUUCAGUUGCCAAAACAAAGGACAACCGCUCGAGUCUGCAGAGCCGAAGGUACUGGGUGUUCUGGCUGACUUGCGUUCUCUCUGCACACUGGGACUGCAGCGCAUCUUUUACCUGAAACUGGAAGAUUUGGUGCCAGCCCCUUCCAUCAUCGACAGGCUCUUUCUGGACACCUUACCCUUCUGAGUCAAACCACCCUCCCGAGAGGCAAACGCCCACCAGAGCAGGCAAAUGGAUCGUGACUUACAGCUAACAUUUCUGCCCUCACUUAACAGAAAAGCCGCUCCGAGUCUAACAUGAGGUCUUUUCUGGCGCUUUGUCCUUACAACCUGAGGCCUGAAACUUACUGGCUUACUGGUUUGGGGUUGUGUUCUUUGUUUUCUUUUGUGUGAUUUGGGUUUUUUAAAUGGCUAAUAUGGCACUUUUGGACAAUGCUAUCCCAGCAGCAGUAAAAGGUUAACAUGACUGUUUUAAAUCUGUUGUUUAACACCUCAUGGUCUAUGAGGAGUAAAAUUGUAGAAGCUGUGUUUGAAAGAACAGCAAAUUGUUGUUUGCCAGGGUAGUAUGUGUUUUGUGAGGAUACCUUUAGCAUACUUCCUGCAUCAAGGGCACAUACAUCAGCACAAUCUAAACAAAAAUUCACUUUUUUAGCAAAGUACAUUCAAUUAAACAUUUCAUACAAAUCGAAUAUAGCAAAAUGACAAUGGCUGUUAGCUCCCAUGUUCAAGUGCAAUUUUUUAAAGUGCUGUCUUACUAAGUCUCGUUUAUUAACUAAUUUAUUUUACUAGGAAAACAAACAGUAGAAAUCAAGGGAGAAAAUUACAUGCACUAACUUACCUGACAGAGUUUUCCAAACUUGAUUCCAUGUAGCGUGACUUAUUGACAAAUGUAUGUGGAAGACACGGGAGCAAUUGUGGCUCAGUUGUUCCUCAGCUAAGGAAACCCGAGUAAGUAGUGAUUGGAGCAUACAGGGUCAGUAUCAGGGAUAGUUCAGUUCUAGACUUCUAACACGAGCGACUCGUUAGUAAACAGACAGAAGAUGGUUUUCAAGAACAAGCAAGUCUUGUAAAAUAGUAUGAAUGUAAGUGCUAGGAAGGAUAUAGUGGGCUGCGUUUAAACAUUCCGUGUUCGUACUCCUUUUUGUAUGUUUAUACUGUUGAUGCCAUAUUAAUAUGAGAUAAUUUGUUGCAUAGUGUCUUUAUUUGUAUAAAUGUUUGUAUGCAUGGUAUAUUGUAAUGGCUUUGCCUGUAUUUAUUGCAAUGACUGCCAGCUCAUGGGAACCCUGUUACACAUGAUAACUAAAUGGGGUGUUCACACUGACUCAGAUACACCAGUUGGAAAACUAUAUACAUAUAUAUAAUGUGUAUGUAUAUAUAUGUAUAUACCUAUAUUUGUGUGCGUGUGUGUGUGCGCGUGUCUUUUUAUUAACCAUUUGUAUAUAAAAUAUCUGUCAAAUCACAAGCAGAGUUGUUUUACAGUUUAUUUGCAGUGACUUCUAAGGCAGUACUGUUUAGCACUUUGAUAUUAAAAUCUUGCUCAUGUUUUGCUAAAUUCAAAUAAUAUUUAAAAAGUUCAGUUCUAAAAAACUUUAUAUGCACUGUAUUAAGUCAAAAUUUUGUUGGUCAUUUUGCUAAAGAAAUUUUUGAAUGUCAACCUGAUGUCACUGUAUCUUUUGUUAGCUUUAAACAUUCUAGCUUUUGUCUUUUUUUAAACUAUGCUGUUUAUAUGGAAAUUAAAUUAUACAAUCAAACAGAUGCCAAAUGAAUUGCCUAAUUGCUGCAAAGGAUAACCCAGAUAUCGAGUCACUGUAUGGUUUUCAAAAAGUAAUCUGGUAUUUUAUCACUUACUAUGUUUGGAUGUGCUUUUAUGAAAAAAUUAUUCUUAUAUCAAGAUUUAUAGUAGUGUCAAUAGGGAAACAGACUUCUAAUCACUAUAGUUAAUAUUUCUGGUUUACCUGCAGAUAAUAUUUGGAAAAGUAUUGCUUUUUGUAUUGACUUUUAAGCUUAUGUGCAAACAUAAUAGCAUAAUUAAAUAUCAGAGAAGCUAAUGUUUCUUGUAGGUUGCUGUAACAAGCCUGACCAGCAAGACAAAUAUAUUUUGACUGAAUUUGC